AUGCCGGUCAGCCGAAAAAUGUGGGGCGCCCUGCUCGGCCCGCUGCUGUGGCUCCGGCUUCUGCUGCUGUCGCCGCGGGACGGAGUGUGCGCCGCGCCCCAGGCCCCGGGCUAUUUGAUUGCUGCACCCUCUGUCUUCCGCUCGGGAGUGGAGGAAGUCAUCAGUGUGACCAUCUUUAACUCCCCAAGGGAUGUCAUGGUCCAGGCUCAGCUGGUGGCCCAGGGCGAGGCGGUGGCACGGAGCCAGGGAGCCAUCCUGGAUAAAGGAACAAUCAAACUCAAGGUGCCCACGGGCCUCCAGGGCCAGGCCCUCCUGCAGGUGUGGGGCCGCGGCCGGCGGGCAGAGGAGGGCCCCCUCUUCCACAACCAGACCUCCGUGACUGUGGACGGCCGGGGCGUCUCCGUGUUCAUCCAGACGGACAAGCCAGUGUACAAGCCCCAGCACCGAGUGCUUAUAAGCAUCUUCACUGUCACCCCAAACCUGAGGCCUGUCAGCAGGAAGCUGGAAGCCUACAUUCUGGACCCCAGGGGCUCGAGGAUGAUGGAGUGGAGACACUUGGAGCCACUCUGCUGCGGCGUCGCCAACAUGACCUUCCCCCUGUCCGACCAGCCGGUGCUGGGAGAAUGGUUCAUUUUUGUCGAAAUGCAAGGCCACAUGUACAACAAGUCCUUCGAAGUUCAGAAGUAUGUGUUGCCGAAAUUUGAGCUCCUUAUUGACCCGCCCCAGUAUAUCCGGGACCUGGACACAUGCGAGAAGGGCACCGUGAGGGCCAGGUAUACCUUUGGGAAACCUGUCUCGGGGACCUUGACGAUCAAUAUGACUGUAAAUGGCGUGGGGUACUACAGCCAGGAGGUGGGGCGCCCCGUCCUCAGAACCACAAAGAUCCACGGCUCCCAGGACUUCGACAUCUGCGUGAAGGACAUGAUCCCAGCUGAUGUCCCCGAGCACUUCCGGGGCACCGUCAGCAUCUGGGCCACGGUGGUCAGUGUGGACGGGAGCCAGCAGGUGGCCUUUGAUGAUUCCACUCCUGUCCAGAGGCAGCUGGUGGACGUCCGCUACUCCAAGGACACCAGGAAGCAGUUCAAGCCUGGCCUGUCCUACGUGGGAAAGGUGGAGCUGUCCUACCCAGACGGCAGCCCGGCCGAGGGGGUGACGGUCCAGAUCAGGGCAGAGCUGACCUCGAAGGACAACAUCUACACCACUGAAUCUGUGUCCCGGGGAGGGCUGGUGGGGUUUGAAAUCCCCUUCAUCCCCAUGUCAGCCCAACACGUGUGGCUGGAGACCAAGGUGACGGCACUCAACGGAAAGCCCGUGGGGGCCCAGUACCUGCCCAGCUACCUCUCUCUCAGCAGCUGGUACUCCCCCAGCCAGUGCCACCUGCAGCUGCAGCCCCCCGCCCGCCCCCUGCAGGUCGGAGAGGAAGCGCUUUUCCCGGUGAAGUCCACGUGCCCAUGCAGCUUCACCCUGUACUACGAGGUGGCCGCGCGGGGCAACAUCGUGCUCUCGGGCCGGCAGCCCGCCCACCUCACCCAGCGGAGAAGCCGGCGGGCGGCCCCGGAGAAACCGAUUCGCUUAAUGCACCUUCUUGAGACGGAGCCCCCUCCAGCCCCAGCAGCUGAGGCCAACGUGUGUGUGACUUCCCUCCGGCUGGCCGUGACCCCCAGCAUGGCCCCCCUUGGCCGCCUGCUGGUCUUCUACGUCAGGGAGAAUGGAGAAGGCGUCGCCGACAGCCUCCAGUUUGCUGUGGAGAGCUUCUUUGAGAACCAGGUUUCAGUGACGUACUCAGCAAAUGAGACCCAGCCUGGGGAGGUUGUUGACCUGCGGGUCAGGGCUGCAAGGGGCAGCUGUGUGUGUGUCACUGCGGUGGAUAAGAGCGUCUACCUGCUCAGGUCUGGGUUUCAGCUGACUCCGGCCCAGGUUUUCCGGGAAUUGGAAGAGUAUGAUGUUUCUGAUGCCUUCGGGGUGUCCCGGGAGGAUGGGUCCUUCUGGUGGGCUGGACUGGCAGCCCGACGCAGGCGUUCGUCCAUCUUCCCGUGGCCCUGGGGCGUCACCAAGGACUCCGGAUCUGCCUUCGCCGAAACAGGACUGGUGGUGAUGACCGACCUGGUGAGCCUGAACCACCGACAAGAUGGCGGCCUAUACACCGAUGAAGCUGUCCCUGCCUUCCAGCCCCACACGGGGAGCCUGGUGGCAGCAGGGUCCUCCAGACAACCCCCCAGAGCAGAGAAGAGGAAAAGGACCUUCUUCCCCGAAACAUGGAUUUGGCAUUGUCUCAACAUCAGCGACCCGUCCGGCGAGGAGAUGCUCAGCGUGCGGGUCCCGGACUCCAUCACCAGCUGGGUGGGUGAGGCCGUGGGUCUGUCCGAGGCCUGGGGCCUGGGUGUCGCCGUGCCUGCCCUGCUGAAGACCUUCAAGCCUUUCUUUGUGGACUUCACCCUGCCCGCCUACGUGGUCCGCGGGGAGCAAGCCAAGAUCCCGCUCAGCGUCUACAACUACAUGGGCACCUGUGCCGAGGUGUACGUGAAGAUCUCAGUUCCCAAGGGCAUCCGCUUUGUGGGGCAUCCAGGCAGACGCCAUCUGACCAAGAAGAUGUGCGUGGCCUCUGGGGAGACGGAACCCACCUGGGUGGUUCUGUCCUUCGGUGACCUGGGACUCAGCAACGUCACAGCCAAAGCCCUGGCUUACGGAGACACAAGCUGCUGCCGGGACGGGAAGUCCAUCCGACACCUGGAGGACCACUUCGCUGACAGGAGGGGCCCCACUGGGAGGGAUCACAUCAGGCGCAGUGUCAUGGUUGAGAGGCCCUCAGCAUCCAGCCCCUCCGCCGUGCACCGUGGACUUGGGGAAAGCGGCCUGGGACUCGCAGGGGCCGCAGGGAAGUGUCCUCUGACCCCCAUGUUGACCGUGUUGGAGGGCGAUGUGCCUGUCUCCGACUUCCUGUUUGUCAUAGGCAGCCAGAGAGUCCACAUCUCCACGCCCAACAAGUACGAGUUCCAGUACGUGCAGCGGCCGCUGUGGCUCACCCGUUUUGAUGUGGCCGUGCGAGCCCACAAUGAUGCCCGCGUGGCCUUGUCCGCCGGACCCCAGGACACAGCGGGCAUGAUAGAGAUUGUCCUGGGAGGGCACCAGAACACCAGGUCCUGGAUCUCCACCAGCAAGAUGGGCGACCCCGUGGCCAGCACGUACACGGCCAAGAUCCUGUCCUGGGAUGAAUUCAGAACGUUCUGGAUCAGCUGGCAUGGAGGGUUCAUCCAGGUUGGCCAUGGCCCAGAGCCUUCCAAUGAGUCUGUCAUCAUGGCCUGGACCCUCCCCAGGCCACCGGAGGUCCGAUUCAUCGGCUUCUCCACUGGCUGGGGCUCCAUGGGUGAGUUCCGCAUCUGGAAGAAGGUGGAGGUGGACGAGAGCUACAGUGAGGCCUUUACCCUGGGAGUCCCGCACAGCGCCAUCCCUGGGUCAGAGCGGGCAGCAGCCUCUGUCAUAGGCUACCAGCGGCAGCUGACCUACAGGCACCGGGACGGCUCCUACAGCGCCUUCGGGGAUCGGGACGCAUCGGGGAGCAUGUGGCUCACGGCCUUUGUCCUGAAGUCCUUUGCCCAGGCACGAAGCUUCAUCUUCAUCGACCCACAGGAGCUGGCAGCUGCCAAGGGCUGGAUCAUCCGGCAGCAGCGGGGGGAUGGCUCCUUCCCGGCCGUGGGCAGGAUCCUGAACAAGGACAUCCAGGGUGGGAUCCACGGCACAGUCCCGUUGACGGCGUACGUGGUGGCUGCACUCCUGGAGACAGGCACUGCCUCGGAGGAGGAGAGGGGCGCCAUUGCCAGAGCGAGGCACUUCCUGGAGUCCAGUGUGCCCUUGGCCGCCGACCCCUACAGCAGUGCCCUGACCACCUACGCGCUGACCCUGCUCCGCAGCCCAGCAGCCCCCGCAGCGCUGCGAAAACUCCGCAGCCUGGCCAUCACGCAGAGUAGGUGGCUCCUGAUCGCCACCCCAGAGGCCACCAUUGAUGUCACCUACAAUGUGCCAGACCCGGUGGCCAAACCGGCCUUCCAGCUGCUCGUGAGCCUCCGGGAGCCCGAGGCUGAGCAGCGGCGGACCCCCGCUCCCGCCUCCUCGGCCGAUGAUGACGACCCAGCAGCCGACCAGCAUCACCAGGAGUAUCAGGUGACCCUGGAGGUGUGCACCAGGUGGCUGCAUGCGGGGUCCUCCAAUAUGGCUGUCCUGGACGUGCCCUUGCUCUCAGGCUUCCGGGUGGACAUCGAGAGCCUAGAGCAGCUGCUCUCUGACAAGCAUUUCACGCUGAAGAGGUACGAGGUGGCUGGACGCAGAGUCCUCUUCUACUUUGAUGAGGUACCGGCAGUGGGGCCAGAGCAGCUCACGCUCCCCCAGAGGAGACGCUCCUCGGAAGGACCUGUGGCCAAAGGCCUGUGUCGGAGGAGACACGAUGACAUUUAG